AAAAAGAAAAAGACUUGUAACUGUACACUGCUACUACGGCGUCACGGUUGGCUCGCGCGGAACGCCGCGGCAGAGCACCCGAGAUGGCGGCGGCUCUUCUCCGAGCAGCUCGUGCCUCGCGGCACCUCGCGCUCCCCCGCUCUAUCGUCGGCCGCCCUAGCCAGCUGUCCUCCUCCUCCUGCACCGCCUCUGCGGCGGAGACGCUGUCCCCUGCCGCCGCUGCGCCGCCCACCCCCGCAGACGUUGAGGACGCGGUCGUUGUCGAAGCCGAGGAGGACGACUUGAGGAGCCACAUCUUCCGGCUGCGGCUGGCGAAGCGGAGCGCGACGGAGGCGCUCGAGAAAUGGGCCGGCGAGGGCCGCGCCGCCCCCGCGCCGGAGCUCCGCCGCAUCGCCCGCGACCUCAGCCGCGCCCGGCGCUACAAGCACGCGCUCGAGGUAGCAGAGUGGAUGAAGACACAUCAUGAGUCUGAUUUAUCUGAGAACGACUAUGGGGUGCGCAUCGACUUGAUUACAAAAGUUUUUGGCGCUAAUGCAGCUGAAGAUUUUUUUGAGAAGCUUCCACCUGCAGCCAAAUCACUGGAAGCAUAUACUGCACUCCUCCAUUCAUAUGCUCGAUCAAAGAUGGUAGACAAAGCCGAGAGGCUGUUUCAGAGAAUGAAGGAUGCAGACCUACCUAUUGAUGUCCUGGUCUACAAUGAAAUGAUGACCUUGUAUAUUUCUGUCGGCGAGCUUGAUAAGGUUCCAACUCUUGCUGAGGAAUUGAAGAGGCAAAAUGUUUCACCAGACCUAUUCACAUACAACCUCCGGAUCAGCGCGUCGGUUGCAUCCAUGGAUCUCGAGGCGUUCAAAGGAAUUCUCGACGAGAUGUCAAAAGAUCCAAACUCCAACGAAGGAUGGACACUGUACCGGAACCUCGCUAGUAUCUACGUCGAUGCCAGCCAGCUUGUUAGCUCGGGGAGUUCACUGGUGGAAACCGAGGCGAAGAUUAGCCAGAGGGAGUGGAUAACUUACGAUCUCCUCGUCAUCUUGCACGCCGGUCUCGGCAACCUGGACAGGGUAAAGGACAUAUGGAAGUCGAUGCAGAUGACCUCCCAGAGAAUGACUAGCCGGAACUAUGUCUGCGUGCUCUCCGCCUAUCUGAUGUGCGGGCAGCUGAAGGAUGCCGCGGAGGUCGUCGACCAGUGGCAGCGAUCGAAAGUCCCAGAGUUCGACAUCUCUGCCUGCAACAGGCUGUUUGAUGCUCUUCUGGCUGCUGGCUUCACCGACACGGCGGAUAGCUUUAGAGAGCUGAUGUUGCAGAAGAGCUGUAUACUGUCGAGCAGGGCAAACGCGUGCUCCUGAGUGGCAUGUUAUGCCCUCUGUCGAGAACAGCUGCCUGCUGCUGUGUUUUGGUACGAGAAUAAUGGACUCUAGAACAGUUUAUGCUUUAUUUUGGCAAAUGCAAUCUGACUAUAUUAUCAGGUCCAGCGACGCAUUAUCGAAAGAAAUAUAUUUUCAGGUCCAGUGUAA